AAAUCAUACAUAAGCUCGACUGUGGACCUCGAUUGGUUUUGCCACCGAUGCCAGCGCGUUAAUCAAUCCCAAUAUAUAAGAAUUCAAUGAGCCAGUAAAGACUGGCAGUUCCUCGACUGUUUUGACAUCUCUCAGCUAUCAGCUAUCAUCAUGCGAUACGGUGUUUCUUUUCUGGUGGCAACCUUUGCGGGGCUCACCUUGGCUCAGUGGAACAACAACUCACCGGCUCCCAUCGAGCCUGCACCCGCACCAUGGACUCUGAAGGGCACAGUCUACGCCAUCACCUUUGUUACGCCAUCAACCGACCUACCGAUAAAGGCGUUUCCGCCUCUUGAGCGGCAGUUCGCAUCAGCUACGGAGGGCGAAUAUCUCGGCGGUCUAGGCAUGAUCCAAAUCAUUCGGUACACUGAGAGUCCCGUAGGGCCGUAUGAUGAACUACUCAUUGUUCCUGGUUUCUUCAAGUACAGUUACACGGAUGCCGCAAGCGGGAUUUCCCAAGAGAGAACAAAUGUCAGAGUCAGCAGAAUCUAUGUCAGUCAAAAGUACACGUGCUGGAAUGGGAGAAUAAACUGGAAUAUUCCCAAACACCUUGCCCGGUUUGACUGGACUGAGGAUGAGCACGGGGAAACAGCUGUCAAGAUUUACCCUCACGAUACGACGGGAGACCCAAGAGAGUCCAAACCUGCGGGGAAGCCUUGGUUCCAGGCUAAAUUCAAGCCUUCACUGCCAGGCGUUCUACCGUUCAGCACAGAUCUGUACAAAAUAUUGGGCGUCAACGCCACUCUGGCCCAGCCGCCUCUUCCGUAUGCCAACACCAGCUUAGGUGAGCUUGCCGGAACAAGUCAUUGGGCUGCCACUGUGCCCGAGCAAGUCACCGACAGUGCAUCGUUGGGAAUUUUUGAUUUGAAUCAGGAGGGUGGUGACGUUGAAGAUAAUCUUGGGACGAACGCAGUGGGCGAUGAGAAUUUCCCUAAUUUUUGGCCGGGUCUCCUACGUUUCCAUCCUGGCAUCAAACUGGAGAACGCUACCAUCACGUUCAAUGCUCCCGAGAUCUGGAAUAACUAGGAACGUUGAAUGUCAUUAAAGCUGCAGACUCACUGUUUCCACUAUUCAUGUUUCUUGUAUCAAAAUGAUUCAAAGCCCCAUAGGUUCGAGGAGACACGAAGAGCAAAUGCCCUCGGACCUAUCUGAGCUUUGUUUGCACUAGAG